GUUUUUUUCUUCAACAAGAGUGAGAUAGGCGAUCGCUCACAGAAAAUAUAUAAAGGGUUUGAGAGAUAGAGAGAGAUAGAGAGAGAGAGAGGGAUCAAUUUAGAGGAUUUAAAAGAAAUGGGGGUUCUCGAAGAGAUUAGGGUUUUGAGGCCCCUGCUUCAUCUACUGAUUCCUCUCUGCUUUCAUUGGAUGGCGGAUGAGAUGACGGUAACCGUGCUCGUCGAUGUCACCACUGGAGCUCUGUGCCCGGGCGAAAAGUCUUGCCCGGAGGCGAUUUAUCUCAACGGCAUUCAACAGACGGUCGUAGGAGUUUUUAAAAUGGUCGUGCUUCCGAUUUUGGGGCAAAUGGCUGAUGAAUAUGGGCGUAAAUCUUUGCUCCUUGUUACUGUUUCUGCAUCCAUAGCUCCAUUUGCUGUACUUGCACUCGGACGGUCUAGAGAUUUUGUAUACGUGUACUUUGUUUUUCGUACGAUUUCACACAUCGUUAGUCAGGGAAGCGUGUUCUUGAUUUCAGCUGCCUAUGUGGCAGAUGUAGUGGAGGCAAGCAAAAGGGCUACAGCAUUUGGAUGGAUAACUGGGCUUUUUUCUGUGUCGUAUGUGCUAGGAAAUUUAUCGGCACGAUUUCUUCCAGAAAGAUGGAUUUUUGAGAUAUCUGUCAGUUUAUUGAUUAUCUCCGUACUUUACAUGAAAAUAUUUUUGGUGGAGACUGUGGCUAAGGAUGAGGGAACAAAUAAACAUGCUCCAUGUUCAGCUAUGGUUUGCGGAGUUUUACAGAGGCGAUGGAACUCGAUGAAGGAUACUAUUGCUGUGGUCUCUACUAGUAGGACACUUAAACGCAUAUCAUUCGUUUUAUUCUUCUAUAAGUUAGGCAUGACAGGCAUCAGCAGCGUCUUAAUGUACUAUCUGAAAGCAGCUUUUGGAUUUAACAAAAAUCAGUUCUCCGAAAUUCGAAUGAUGGUUGACAUUGGUUCCAUAUUUUCUCAGAUUCUGUUGCUUCCUCUUAUCAAUCCGUAUAUUGGAGAAAGGGGAGUAUUAAGCAUUGCCUUGAUUGCUUCAGUUGCUUAUGGUUUGCUAUAUGGUUUAGCUUGGGCACCAUGGGUACCGUAUCUCAGUGCGUCGCUCGGUGUUGUAUAUAUUCUUGAGAAACCAUCUAGUUAUGCUAUUAUAUCAAAGGCAACAAUUGCAAAUGAUCAGGGUAAAGCACAAGGAUUUCUUGCAGGGGUGCGAUCAAUUGCCAGCUUGUUAUCGCCUCUUCUAAUGAGUCCAUUGACCUCUCUCUUUAUUUCAAGCGAGGCUCCAUUUAACUGCAAAGGUUUCAGCCUAGUGGUUGCAUCUAUCUCCAUGGUGAUAGCUCUGGCCUUCGCUUGGCAGUUAGACCCGGAUAAUGAAACCAAACAGGCCAACUCUGAGAAUGUCCCGACGCCAAUUGAUGAAUCUCUUGAUGCACCACUUCUGGGUCAGGCUAGUGUUUAGUUCUAAUAUGAAAGGAGCAUCCAUGCUAACAGGAUAUAGGAUCAUCAUCAUCAUAUCAGUGCUCUAUGGAUAAUUUUCACAUGUAAAUAUUGUAAUCAUGGCACGUACAUAUGUAAAAAGUUUCUUAUAAUCUGUAUAUAUGUUUUCUGAAAUUCUGAUUA